UCUCUCUCUUUUUUUCUACCUUAUUGUUUUAUUUUUUCUCAGUUUCCUUUGCCAAAUUCUUCUGAUCUUCCAGAUUUCUAAAUGUUAUAGAGCCACAAAACUCAGAUUUUAAAAUCUCUAUCAUUUUGCCUGUAUGCACUAACUAGCUAAUCUAAACCAGUCCAUGAUGUUAAGCACCCUUUGAAUGCUAAUAAACUCUGGACUUAUAAUAUUCAACUACCCUUGUACAUCUCCAUUUGUAUGUAAAAUAGACAUCUCAAAUGUAUGUAAAACUGUUUAACAACCUGCUGAUUUAGAGAAAGUGCUUAUUCCCAAUCUUUAUCUUAGUAAAUAUUCAGUCCUUUGAGUUCCUUUGGAGGAUAACGAUUUCUUUUGAAGUAAAAAAAAAAAAAAAAUUAUGUCAUGCUUGACUCCUCCCUUAUGCCCCAAAUCCCAUCCAUCAGCAAAUCAAUACUUUGAAAAUACGUAAAGAAUUCAUGGUUAAUGUUGAAUAAGACAGAAAAGUGGGACAUAGGAUACUAGGAAGAAGCCCCUGGACCAGGAAGUAGCUGAAUGAGGGUCUGAAUGGAGACAGAGAGGACUGAGAGAUGUUUUAUAAUGUUCCAAUCCCAGUCUGAGCCUCCACAGAAGUCUCCACAGGAAGGCACUUGAGGUGGAAGAAGGUAGAAGUGGUAAAAGAUGGGAGAACAAGAGUUCCCAGGGAUCCAGAGCUCGUUAGAGAAGUCUCAAGAACUUUCUGAUUGAGGCUGUGACGUCAGCACUGAGGUCACAGAAGGGACCUGAUAGUGCGGGUUCUGACCCAGAAGGCCACAGGGGUGGCUGUGUAGCAAGAUGAGGGAGGUUUGGAGCCUUGCAUAAAGAGGACGGGACCACAGCUGACUGCUGUGUCCCCACAGACCUGGGCCUCCUGCUGCCACCAUGGCCAAAGGUGGAGAAGCCCUGCCACAGGGCAGCCCAGCACCAGUCCGGGAUCCCCACCUCAUCAAGGUGACAGUGAAGACGCCCAAAGACAAGGAGGAUUUCUCAGUUACAGACUCAUGCACCAUCCAGCAGCUGAAGGAAGAGAUAUCUCAGCGCUUUAAGGCCCACCCUGAUCAGCUUGUUCUAAUCUUUGCUGGCAAAAUCCUCAAGGAUCCUGACUCACUGGCACAGUGUGGAGUGCGAGAUGGCCUUACUGUCCACCUGGUCAUCAAGAUGCAGCGCCGUGCCAUGGGCAGUGAGUGCCCAGCUGCCUCUGUCCCUACCCAGGGCCCAAGUCCUGGAUCACUCCCUCAGCCAAGCUCCAUUUACCCAGCAGAUGGGCCCCCUGCCUUCAGCUUAGGUCUCCUCACAGGCCUCAAUGGGCUGGGCUUGACCUAUCGUGGCUUCCCUGACCAGCCAAGCUCACUAAUGCGGCAGCAUGUGUCUGUGCCUGAGUUUGUGGCUCAGCUCAUUGAUGACCCCUUCAUCCAGGGUCUGCUGUCCAACACAGGCCUGGUACGCCAGCUGGUUCUUGACAACCCCCAUAUGCAGCAGCUAAUCCAGCACAACCCUGAGAUUGGGCAUAUUCUCAACAACCCUGAAAUUAUGCGGCAGACACUGGAGUUUUUACGUAACCCUGCCAUGAUGCAGGAGAUGAUACGUAGCCAGGACCGGGUGCUCAGUAACUUGGAGAGCAUUCCUGGUGGCUACAAUGUGCUUCGCACUAUGUACACAGAUAUUAUGGACCCGAUGCUUAAUGCAGUCCAGGAGCAGUUUGGUGGCAAUCCCUUUGCCACUGCCACUACCGAUAAUGCCACCACCACCACAAGCCAACCUUCAAGGAUGGAGAAUUGUGACCCUCUCCCCAACCCCUGGACUUCUACACAUGGAGGCUCAGGUAGCAGGCAACAAAGGCAGGAUGGGGAUCAGGAUGCAGCUGACAUCAGAAAUAGGUUUCCAAACUUUCUGGGUAUUAUAGGACUCUAUGACUAUCUCCAGCAAUUACACGAGAACCCCCAGUCCCUAGGAACUUAUCUACAGGGGACAGCAUCUGCCCUCAGCCAAAGCCAGGAACGACCACCACCAGUAAACAGAGUUCCCCCAUUGUCACCCUCAUCUCAGGAGCCUAGGUCAGGCCAGCCUCUCCCCAAGGAGUCAGUAGCAAUCAAGGGAAGGUCCUCCUGCCCAGCUUUUCUGAGAUAUCCCACAGAGAAUGGUACUGGAAAAGGUGGAGACCAAGAUGGUGCAGGGAAAAGCCCUACUGGACAUAGUACAAACUUGCCUGAUCUUGUCUCAGGGCUGGGAGAUUCUGCCAACAGGGUUCCAUUUGUUCCCUUAUCCUCUUCCCCCACGGCAGCCAUUCCUGGAAUCCCUGAGCCUCCCUGGCUGCCAUCCCCACCUUAUCCAAGAUCUCUGAGGCCAGAUGGCAUGAAUCCGGCUCCACAGUUACAGGAUGAGAUACAACCACAGCUGCCACUGCUGAUGCACCUUCAGGCAGCCAUGGCAAACCCCCGUGCCAUGCAAGCCCUGCGGCAGAUUGAGCAGGGUCUGCAGGUCCUAGCUACUGAAGCACCUCGCCUCCUACUCUGGUUCAUGCCUUGCCUAGCAGGGAUGGGUAGUGUGGCAGGAGGUAUACAGUCUAGAGAAGAUCCCCUUAUGUCUGAGGAUCCUCUCCCAAAUCCACCUCCUGAGGUGUUCCCAGCACUGGACUCUGCAGAGCUGGGCUUCCAUUCCCCUCCCUUUCUCCAUAUGCUGCAAGAUUUAGUUAGUACAAAUCCCCAGCAGCUGCAGCCUGAGGCUCACUUUCAGGUGCAGCUGGAGCAACUACGGUCCAUGGGCUUUCUAAAUCGUGAAGCCAAUCUACAGGCCCUCAUUGCUACGGGGGGCGAUGUGGAUGCUGCUGCGGAGAAGCUGAGACAGUCAUAGGCGUCUUAGUCAUUCAGACCAUACAUUUUCCUCUGUGCCUUUUUCCCAUAUCCUAUUUCCCUAGCUCUCCCAUUUUUGAAUACAGCUGCAUUAUAAACAAAAUUUACUAUGAUGCCCUUUACUGUGGAGGCAAUGUUGUUCCAGAGUCAACGAGGAAGACUAAUUGCCAAAACAUAGUGGAGGCACUGUGUAUGAGUCAACCACUUGUACCACUAUACCAUCGGGGGGCCCCGGUCUGAGCUCUGCUUAUGCCUAUCUUGAGAUGCAAUUACACCCAAUUUCCAAUGUGAA